UGCUCCUCUUCUUAGAUACGCAGUAUUUUACGCUGCAAAUUUCAGUGGUACAGGGAUGUCUGCGCGGGUGUUCCGUCAAUCAUGCCGUCUCAAAACUUCUAAAGCAGGGCCCUGCCCCCUUGUCGUGUCGCUUGCACGACCAAGGGACGUAAAGAUUGUGGCUACUUCAAAUCGUUCCUUAAGGCUUGAGCGCAGGUCUCUUGUGUGCAGGGCCUCUGCAGCUCAGCCGAGCGGCACCGCUUCAGCUCGCCACGCGGUGUUGCACGACUUCUGCAUGUGCAUACCCUACGGCACCAUUUCGGUACUUGCGGGGAUCGGGCUUUUUUUCCUGAACCUAACCAACAUCGCCGGAACAGCGCUUAUCGCUGGAGCAACCUCGGUGGCUGCCUCAGUGCUCAGCCUUCAGGAGUGGAAAGCCGGUGGCGACUCAAAGCAGUACACUCUUAUCUCGGCAGUCUCCGCUGCGGCAGUGGCGUACACCACCUGCUCCUCCCUGGACCUCCUCAAGGGGCUGCCGUACUGGGUUUCGCUCGUGCUGUGCGUGCUGAGCGUGGCAGCGUCGGCCUUCUGCGCCUACAAUGUCUUGGCUGGGGGAAAUCCGCCGCCCAAGAAGGUCAAAGGCGGCGACAGCAGCACCACCACUGGCACCAACACCGGUUCAUGAGCUGUCCGCCUGCCUGUCUAUCUGUCUGUAUAUCUAUCUAUUUGCCUGUCUUCACAUAUCUCUCCAUAUGCUGCCACGAAAGCGUCGACGCCGUUGAGGGAACUGUUGUCUGUAUUGAUAGCUGCGCGGACGUUCACGAGCCUGUGAUGCGUGGGGACUGCACGAGGAACUCGGGCCCCGCAUGAACCCGGGCAACGCCUUUAGUGGAUGAGGGUCAUUUUGCAAGUUGGUAGAUGCAGGAAUGGGCUGGUGGAAAAGCAGGCCUGGGGGAGAUGCGUCUUAGGGUUUACUAACAUUAAAACCAUCUUAGGAGGCCCACCUUGAGGGCCGAGGAUCAGAGAGAUUGCAGGGGGCCCUGCCAAAGCGGUGUGGGCGCCGUCGAGCGGCGCGAGGAAGUCGGUGACAUGAGGAAACGUAUGCAGGGAAUGGUAUUCGACGAGUUGGUUCGUGUGCAUUUGCUUGCCUAAGUGAGCGUGUGCGUGUGUGUACUGGGGAAGGGAGGCAUGGAUUCUUGGUUUGCCAUUCCGGGUUACUGUAGCGAGUAGCGCAGGAUCUCUUUCUCAAUGCAAUGCCCCGUUUGCUUC